AUGUCCGCGCAAGGUUUGUCUGCCGAACCCGUGACCAUUGUGGUCGAGCAUCUGGACCCCGAACUGGGCGCUUGGUCCGCCCUGGAGUAUGGCUGCAUUGCCCGUGAAUCACACGCCGCGGGGAGCAAAUUCCUCCUCAGUUCGGUGCCCACCUCCUUGCAGAUGCCAGAAGACCUGGCUGCUACCCCAGGCCUGGGGGUGGAGCAUCGCAGUGUCGAGCAAAUCUUCGCGGAUCGGAAGUCCAGAGUCUGCCUGCUGGACCCGGCUGCCACGGUGGAGUUGAGUCCCGCUGAUGCAGACACUUUUGAUGUCUUCCUUUUCGGAGGAAUCCUUGGCGACGAUCCUCCUCGUGACCGGACUUCCGAACUGCGCAAGAAGGGCUAUGCUGGAAGAAGACUGGGCCCUAAGCAGAUGACCACGGACACAGCGGUGCGUGUUACGCGCAUGGUCGUGCAUGAGAAAGUGCCCCUGGAGCAAAUUCCGUACAUUGACUACCCGGAAAUCUUAAUCAACGAGCAUGAACGCACCGAGAUGCCGUUUCGCUAUGUCAAGGGCGAUGAUGGCGAGCCAAUCAUGCCCAAGGGCAUGGUGGACUUGAUUAAAAAGGACGCGGAUCAGGGCAUCGAUGAUCUUGUUUAA